AGAAGAACCCUCCAGCUGCCUGAAACAGCAGAGGGGAUUUAGUUGGGCCGAAAGCGCAAACAGAGGCUCACUGAGAGCGAGAUAUCGCAUUCCGCCUUAUCCGUAGCUCGCGGGAACCUCUGAGCCCAACUCUUGCGCCACACGCUCAUUGAGAAAGGCUGGCCCCCCCGGCAGAACAGGCAUUACACAAUACAGGUGUUUGGCUGCCGGGAAAGUCAGCAGGGUAUAAGAGGCAGAGCAGUCAGGCAGCCCGAGGGGUAACGGCGUGGGGGCAGCAGGGCAAGAUGAAGUCUUCCACGGGCCUUCUCCUCGCCCUGGCAUUCCUGAUGGCUGCUACUGGCCCUAGAGCAGGCCUUGCCCAGGAGACAGAGUCCAGCUGCUGUGCACAGCUGAAGGAAUUAUCCCAGUGCGGAGCGGACAAGAAGAGCUUUUUCCAGGGCCAGCCAGGGAUCCCAGGAAUGCCAGGCAUGCCGGGGACAAACGGCCUCCCCGGGGCUAAAGGAGAUCCAGGCCCUCAAGGGCCCCCAGGCGAGAAGGGCUCCCCUGGGGCAAUGGGGAAGGCUGGACCCAAAGGAGACAAAGGAGAAGCCAGCACUUCUGCCAGCUCUCAGCAGCAAGGGGCAGGUGCCAGGAACUGCAAGGAGCUACUGGAGCAGGGAGAGGGGCUGAGCGGCUGGUACACCAUCCACCCCGAACCAGGGAGAACGCUGACCGUCUUCUGUGACAUGGAAACGGAUGGCGGGGGCUGGCUGGCGUUCCAGCGGCGCCAGGAUGGGUCGGUGGAUUUCUAUCGGGGCUGGGAGGCCUACAAAAGAGGGUUUGGAAACCAAGCAUCGGAGUUCUGGCUGGGCAAUGACAACAUCCACCUUCUCACCAGCACCGGGACCUACCAGCUGCGGAUUGAUGCCAGGGACUUCAAUGAGUCCAGCACGUUUGCCAAGUACACCAGCUUCAAGGUGCUGAGCGAAAGGGAAAACUACACGCUCGCCUUGGGCUCCUUCUUGGAUGGCAGCAUGGGAGAUUCUCUCUCGGGACACAACAAUCUGGGGUUCUCCACGCGGGACAAAGACCACGACACCUUUGGGGGCAGCUGUGCCAUCCGCUACAAAGGCAGCUGGUGGUAUGGGGAGUGCCACUCCUCCAACCUCAACGGGCUGUACCUCAAAGGUGAACACACCUCCUAUGCCAACGGGAUCAACUGGUCCACCGGGAAGGGGUACCACUACUCUUACAAAUACGUGGACAUGAAAAUAAGGCCGCAGUAGCCAACCUCUCUCUCUGGGGACUCUACUGAUGCUGUGGGGACCUACUGACUGCAAAUAGCCCUUCUGCGGGGCUAGUAAACCGGGAACUGGCCAUUAGCUGGGAUCUCGCGUGCUACUGGGGUACUGCAGCCUGCAAUUCAGUCUCAUUUCCAGGCGCUAGCCCUGCAGGCAGUGUCCCCCCAGGGGUUAAAGCAGGAGAGCACCCCCC